ACACAUCAAGACUCAGACCCAGCACACAGAGUGGCAGAUCAAGGAUGAGUUUGAGAAGCUUCACCAGUUUCUACGAGAUGAAGAGGCAGCCAGGAUAGCUGCCCUGAGGGAGGAAGCGAGGAGGAAGAGUCAGAUGAUGAAGGUGAAGAUUGACAAGACGAGCAGAGAGAUCUCGUCUCUCUCAGACACAAUCAGAGCCAUAGACGAUGAGAUGAGAGCUGAUGACAUCACAUUCCUGCAGACCUACAAGAGCACAGUGGAAAGAGCCCAGUGCACACUGCAGUAUCCAAAGAGAGUUUCAGGAGCUCUGAUCAAUGUGGCAAAGCACCUGGGCAACCUGAAGUUCAGAGUCUGGGAGAAGUAUACGGUCUUAUCUCCUGUGACUCUGGACCCCAACACUGCACACGCUCUCCUAACUCUGUCUGAGGACCUGGCCAGUGUGAGCGUCCGUGAGCAGAGACAGCAGCUCCCUGAGAACCCAGAGAGAUUCGAUAGCUGCCUCUGUGUCCUGGGCUCUGAGGGCUUUAACUCGGGGACCCACCGCUGGGACGUGGAGGUCGGGCACAGUGAGGUCUGGCUGCUGGGCGUGAAGGCUGAGUCUGGCUGCUGGGCGUGAAGGCCGAGUCUGGCUGCUGGGCGUGAAGGCCGAGUCUGGCUGCUGGGCGUGAAGGCCGAGUCUGGCCAGAGGAGUGGAGCCAGCAGUGUGAACGGUAAAGACACAGCGGAGUGUCCAUCACAGCCGGAGUGUCCAUCACAGCCGGAGUGUCCAUCACAGCGGAGUGUCCAUCACAGCCGGAGUGUCCAUGACAGCGGAGUGUCCAUCACAGCCGGAGACCGUCCUCACAGUCAAGCGGAAGCCUCUGAGGGUUAGAGUGCAGCUGGACGCGGCCAGGGGACAGCUGUCAUUCUCUGACCUUGAUAAUGACACACAUCUCCACACGUUCAUGGACACCUUCACUGAGAGAGUGUUUCCCUGCUUCAUCACUCACCUGUCCUUCAGGAUCUUACCUGUGAAGGCUGCAGAGAGCCUAGACACACCCUACAGACCUCCACCUGUCUGCUCAGGUCUAAAAAAAACGUAGCCAUUCAAAUGACACCCAAAAGCACCGUUUUUAACAACUGUGUCAUGUGGUAUAUAUUUAUUGUAUAAUGCUGUUCUAUCACAAUUCCUUAUUGUAAUCAUAGUCUUAUCUGAUUAGUGUUACUCAUUUAUGAGGAAGUUGGGUUGUGUCAAGGAGAUGGAAGGAUUCUUCUGCUUCACUCUUAUCACUUAUUGAUUUUUAACUUGCAUCUCUGUCAGAGCUGUUAAUUGCUCUUCUGUCACUGUAAUGAAUAAAUAAUAUAUAAAUAUAUCAUUUUAUGUCACAUGUAUUACAAAAAGUCUCUCCAAACCACUAAGGCAAAUUGAAUCGGAAAUGAAAUGACUCGGCCACCCAGAGACAACAUGUUCAAGAAAUCAUCUCUUCCUCUGGUCAAGGACAAGGGUUUACUGGACACUUUUCAAAUGAGAGUAAUCCAUGUCAAAAUAGACUGUUUUCAGAGGGAAAAUAGCAUGAACGUAUAUUCUGGUAUAUUAAAGGUACUCUAAGCGA